AUGGUUUCGUACCGGCCGAAAGAAGUCUCAUCCGUAUCGAAAAAUGCUAAGCGGGUAAUCGAAGUGAUCGAGGUCACAGCGGCCAACUAUUAUGUCGCGUGGGACUUAUUAGAAAAGAGAUACGAGAACAAAUAUCUCUUAGUAAAAUCGUACGUGAAACCCCUUUUUGCCGUAGAAUCCAUGAAAAAAGAGUGCCACGAGUCUCUUAAUAAAUUGAUUGAUGACUACGAACGUAAUCUAAAGAUGCUCGAGAAGGUGGGUGAACAUCCAGACGACUGGAGUACCAUUCUCGUAUUCAUGCUCAGUUCGCGGCUUGAUUCCGCAACCAUGCGUAAUUGGGAGACGCAUCGGAGAUCAACUAACGUCCCUACGUACAAGGAACUCAUCGAGUUUUUGCGGAGUCAUAGUUUAAUCCUUCAAUCUGCUGCUGCAGCUAAGCCUCGACCAUCAGAUACUCCUCGCACGUCCCUCUCAUCUCGUUCUAGCACUACCAAGCUAACCUCAGCGCAUUCAGCCAUGUCGACACCGCAGAAAACUUGUCCCUUCUGCAAACAGUCAUCGCAUUCAUCGUUCCAGUGGGAAAUCUUUCGCAAAAUGACCGCUACUGAGCGGUUCGAAGCCACUAAGAAAAAUGCACUCUGCAUUAAUUGCCUUUCGCCUUCACAUCUCGUCAAGAACUGUGCGAGUGGAGCCUGCCGCGUGUGUAACCAUAAACAUCAUACGAUGCUGCAUCAACGAACCAAUUCGUCUAAUAGUCAAACAAACCAGCCUCAAGCAUCGAAGCCUGCGUCAUCUGGUUCGCAGUCAUUCUCUUCGUCCUGCACUCCAGCAAACCACUCACAGUCUUCUCAAACAAACAAACCAUUUACGUCUCCAGAAAACCUAGCCCCCACAGUCACUGCCCUUUCGGCAAGCCACUUUUCGUCAGCACCCAACGAGCAGCAGCAUAUCGUCCCUACAAAGGUGUCACUAUCAACAGCCCUCGUGAAGGUGUUCAAUUCUACCGGACAGUCCCUUUGGGCCCGUGCUCUUCUGGAUUCGGGGUCGCAGCCUAAUUUCAUAUCGGAGCAGCUUGUUCAAAAAUCGAGGCUAAGGCGUAACAAGGAAUUCAUCCCAAUCAGUGGUGUUGGACUUUCAUCUACGUUGUCUAAAUAUUCUACUACCGUUCGAAUCCAGUCCCAUCGCGCUGAUUUUGAUACCAGUUGGACAUUUCACGUUCUUUCCAAGAUUACAAUGGAGUUGCCAAAUCAAGUGAUCGACGUAUCCAGUCUAAAGAUUCCAUCAGACAUCCUGCUAGCGGAUCCCUCGUUUAGUCAACCUGGUCCUAUAGACCUGAUCUUCGGUAUAGAAAACUUUUACGACCUGCUGAAGGCUGGCCAACUAAAGAAUGAUCCCGAAGCACCUGUUCUCCAAAACACUGCUCUGGGAUGGGUGGUGUCAGAUCUGAGGAAGGAAGCUGCAUGCGAGGAGCAUUUUGCCAAAACCACUACGCGAGAUUCCACCGGUCGCUUCGUCGUCACACUUCCGAAAUGGGAAGCAGUAUUUGCUAAACUCGGCAGUUUGAAAGAAAUUGCUACUCGUCGUUUCUUAACUUUAGACCGUCGACUUCUCGCUAACCAGGUUCUAAAAGAAUCAUACGCAGCAUUCAUUGACGAGUAUGCCGAGCUCGGACACAUGAAGCUGAUAAACAACCCUGAUCCUGCACUACAAACCUACUAUUUACCCCACCAUUGUGUCGUGCGACCAGACAGCAUCACCACGAAGUUAAGAGUAGUGUUCGAUGCAUCCUGUCCAACGGAUACUGGAGUAUCUCUUAACGAUGUCCGCAUGGUUGGCCCGCAAGUACAGGACGACCUGUUAUGUGGUAUCAAAAUGACGGAAAGCGACUUCGAAGAUAUGGAGAUACUGGAUUUAUCGCAGGAUGAAAGUGGCAUGAGUGCAGAAUAUUAUCCGUUUGACGCCUCCGAUUUCGAAGCUAAUCCCACUUAUCGUACAUCACGGGUACGAAAAAUGCCAAAGAAAACGAAGUUUGGAUAG